UUUUCUAAUUCUAUUUUGUGCAUGCAGUUGAUCUUAUUGAAGUAUGCCACCCUAACAACUGCAACAUAGGGUUGCUUGCCUUUUCUCCAUUGGGUGGUGGAAAUCUGAGCGGCAAGUAUUUAGACCAUAAUUCUGAAGCUGCUAAAAAAGGCAGGCUUAACCUCUUCCCAGGCUACAUGGCCAGAUACAUAAAUUCAUUAUCCAAGGAAGCAACUGAACUAUAUGUUCAAAUGGCCAAAAAACAUGGUCUCACCCCAGUCCAACUAGCUCUAGCAUUUGUACGUGACCGUCCCUUUGUGACUAGUUCAAUCAUUGGCGCAACUUCACUUGAUCAGCUCAAGGAAGAUAUUGAUGCUUUUAUAUCAACUCCUCGACCAUUGCCACCGGAAGUUGCAAAUGAUAUAGAGCUUAUCUUCAAGAGAUACAAGGAUCCAUCAAUCAUAUGAUGAGGUGUUCUUCAACGGUAAGAUAAAUUAGAGACUACUUACAUGGCAGUCAAUUGAUGGUUACGUGAGAAACAGUGCACAAGAAGAAGAAAAAAAUUGUAAUGGAUUUAAAUAAUUUCAUUUUGACAUAAGGUACAAUUUGUUGUCAUCGAAGAAAACCUUGAUGGUGUUAUGUCAAUGUAUAAAAGCUGCAAGAUCAUUAUUUUAUGACAGCAGUUUAAAUAUCUAAUAUGAUUCGACUAUGCCUUGUACCAAAAUAAUAAUAAUAGUACUAUGCCCAUUCAUCUUUUGGUUUAAAUGGUGAAGGAUCAAAAUACAUUGUGGAAUGCUAAA